ACUAGAAACCAACACUCGUGAUUCGUGAAAACACCGUUUCACUGCAUCUACCCGCUUCAAAGGAUAUCUAAAAUUUUACAGAAACAGUUGCUGUGAGGAUUAAUGGGUGAAGUUUUGUUUGACCUUGAACAAGUUCUCAGGAGCAAACAGGAGAGGUUGACGCCUGCAGAAGCAAAGGUUCUUCUAACAUACAAGUCUAAGGCUGUCAGGGAGUUUACGGCUGGUGCACUUGUAGGAUCUGGUGUUACGUGGUUAGCAACAUGGAGGCUAAAUAAGUUAUUACGAGUCAACCUUUCAGGAGGAGCUGCUAUUGUCUGUGGAUUUUGGAGAUUUACUAGUUCCCUUGAAUCAUGCGUUGAUAGUAUUCUUGGAGUAGAUGGAAGUCGGCUGCAGAAAGAGUUAGCGAACAUAAUAUUCAACAAAUACCGAGAUGAUCCUUGGAGAAUGCAGCUUAUCUCUAAACAUUUUUAUUCAGAGAAAGUUUAUGAUGAUUCAACCUCAGAUCAGCCAAAAUUAAGAUGGCGCUACAAGAACUAUUUUAAUGAUAAUGUUGCUUAUGGUCAAAGAACACAUGAGAGUGACUCUUAUGGUGACUCCGAUACUGACUCUCGCAACAAUUCCCACAAUGAGGCCAACAGUGACUUCCAGAAUGACUCUGGCAGCAAAAAGAAUGAUUUGGAGUCUAACAAAGUUCUUGUGAAACCUGAUGUUGAUGCGGUUAUGGAUCCUCUAGAUUGUGUUUUUGGCAAUGCGGCAACAAUGGAGGAGAUUCAUCACCCUAAUAAAUCAAGCACGCCUACCAGGGUACUCUCACGUAACCAUAAAAGAUCUCAUCGGCGUCGUCGAAUGCGCCAUCAUGAAGGUUCCCUGGAACCUCAUUAUGCGUAAAGAGACCAAAUUGAUUGUCAUGAACAUCGAGGAGGGGAAACCAGAGAGAAAAAGUUGAAACAUCAACAUCGACAUCAUUGAGUUUGUGAAGGUUACGAUUGCAAAUCUGAAUGUUGAACCUUUGUCAGGUACAUUAUUGUCAAUAAAUUCCUUCCUGUUGGGGUGAGAUUGUCUAUUGAAUUUGUUGUCAAACCAAAUAUAAAAAUGUUCUCUGGGGCACUAUUUGGUUUGUUGCUUUGUGCACGGCUCUAGUGGGCUAGAACAUAAAAACAAAGAAAAGCGAUGUAUUUUGUAUUUGUCAAUUACUGAUGCGAACCCGACAUUUCUCUGAAAUCUACGGAAGAGCUGAUAUUUGUGAUCUUUCUCAACAUUUCUC